UCAUGGUUGCUAGUCGGUGUCGCUAACCACUGCGCCACGACGGGAACUCCUUUCCGAAUCCCGGACCAAGUGCUGCACCUCCUGCCCAUCCUGGAUCCGCCGCCUUUCCUCCGCCUCCUCCGCAGGCUCCGCCCUGGGAUUUUCUCACCCGGCGAACCGAGGAGCGGCGGCCGAGGGCGUGGAGAAGCCGCGCGGGAGCGGAGCGGAGUCGCAGGCGAGGCGCGCGGGGGAGCGGAGCGGAGUCGCAGGAGCAUCCGCAACACCGCUGAGGACCAGGGGCCCCGGGGCCGACCCCGGCCGCCGGCCAUGCAGGCCUCCGUGUCCCGCCUCCUGGUGGCCAGGCUGCUGUGGGCCGUCCUGCCCUUGGCCGCCUCGGGGAGCGCUCCGAGAGGAGGCUGGGACAGCCCCAACUGCACGGCGGGCGUGGUGUCGGUGUCCCGGGGCGAGCACGCCGAGCUGGCCUGCAGCAUGGCCAACCCCUUCUCCCACGUGCGCGUCUCCCUGCGAGCCCACCCCGGGGAGAGCUGGCAGCUGGUCUUCGAUGAGCAGGCCCCAGGAAGCUUCCGCCGGGAUGGGUGGCAGCUCUGGGUUCAGGGGAGCGAGGCACGGCUGGUGAUUGAAAAGGCCCAGGACGCCCAGGCGGGGACAUACAGGUGGAGUCUGGCGGGCCUGCAGCGGAGCUUCGGAACCACCGUCCUGAACGUCUUGGAACCCCAGGACCAGCUCUUCACGCCUUCCUGGGAGGUGACAUCCCCCCGGAGGGUGCCCCCAAGGCGGGCAGAGGAUGGAGGCCUCGCCGCUGCCCGCAGGCCCCCAGAUGCUGCCCCCCAAGCCCACGCCCAGUCCAGAGAAGAUCCCGGUCCAACUGGCUUAUCUGGCCUUCAGCCCGGUGGCCGUCUUGUUCCUGCUGGUCUGGCUCCAAAGGCGUGCUUCCAGGAGGCGCUCCAAGGUCGCGCAGGCCCCGAGCGACGCCGGAGGGCCAUGCUGCUGUGACCCCAGAGACCGCCCGGGCGGGGGUCUUGCCUGUGAACACACUCCUGGUUUUGGACCGUGAGCGAGAAUAGUGUUUGAGGACCCUCCGGCCCGCAGCUGUGGGGGCCAGGGGAGCACUGACUGGUUCCAGAGACGGAGCAUCGGCUCCACCAGCACCACCAGGGGGCAGAGCCGUCCCUCUGCCGGCCAGGUGGCUCCAGCAACACGCCCCGCCUCCCCGACACCUGCCGCUAAACAACUUUGUGCUAAUGACAUCAUACUCCAAAGUCUACCUCCGUGGAGUGUGUUCUUUUGUUUUUGCAGGUCUUUUUCUUUCCUCUUUUGUCCUCUGUGAUUCGAGGACUCUCUGUAGCAUUGCAUUUGGAUCCGU